AUGAAAGAGUUACAGCAGAAAACUGCAGCAGAUCCAACAUUGCAAUUACUCAAGAAGGUAAUUUUAGAUGGAUUUCCAAAUUCCAAAGACAGUCUACCAGCAAGCAUCCAUCCAUAUUUUGGUAUUCGAGAUGAAUUGUCUGUAGUCGAUGGCAUCAUCUUCAAAGGGCUACGUUGUAUUAUUCCUGUGGUUCUCAGACACAAGAUUAUGUUGAAAUUGCAUGAGUCACACAUUGGGGUGCAAGGAUGUCUUCGGAGAGCUAGAGAACUAGUCUAUUGGCCAGGUAUGAAUGCUGAACUCACUGAUUACAAUAGUAAGUGUGACAUCUGUCUAUCAUCAAGUACAAGUCAAGCUAGGGAGCCCCUUAUUUAUCACGAGAUUCCAGACAGACCCUGGAAGAAGAUUGCCACUGACAUUUUUACGAUAGACAGUAAAGACUUUUUGUGCACAGUCGAUUACUAUAGCGGUUAUUUUGAAGUAGACCCAUUAUGUAGCAAAACAAGUAAAAGUGUAAUUUCCAAGAUGAAGAGACACUUUUCUACUCAUGGAAUUCCUAAUGAACUUUGUAGUGACAAUGGUCCAUCAUUUAACUCAGUUGAAUUUGCUAACUUUAUGAGAUUUGCAGGAACUAAGCACAUCACCAGUUCACCAUUGCAUGCUCAGAGCAAUGGAAGAGCCGAAAAUGCAGUCAAGACAGCCAAGAACCUCAUGAAGAAAAGCAAAGAGGCAUGUAUGGAGUAUUUUAUCUCGUUGCUUAGCUGGAGAAACACUCCUACGGAAGGCAUGGAUAUGUCCCCAGCUCAAAGAAUGUUUGGACAAAGAACUCGGACACAGUUACCGACUGCUGAAGCAUUACUAAAGCCAUAA